AUGGCGGAAUAUAUCAACAUGGAGAAAGUCGCGGAACAAGACACGACCGAGUCCCAGAGGCAGAUCGUUGAUGUCCUGCAAAAGCCUCUCCAGAGCGAAGACAACGCCAACCAGGAUGCCUCGAUACUGGUCGCCGACAUCCAGAAAAUAGCAGCCGCUCAGCCGUCGAGAGAUGCCGCGUCAGGAUUUCUCUAG